CAGCUACAUACCUACCCUAGCCUGUCAACCGCGACCGAAGCUUAUCCCUUCUAGCUGACCGGGCUUGCUUGAAUCGAGGCGCGUGCCUAGCUGCCUUCCUGGGCACCGACUAAUGGGACGGCGUGUCGUAUCUACCACGUACGCAUGUAUGUCUUGCCAGGCUUUCGCCUUCCAUCCUGGUUCUGGGUUGUUAGUGUGGGGGGAGGAAAUUAAAUCAACGUAUUGUGUUGUCGAUUCAUCACAUUGGAUACUGAUACUUAUGCCUGCCUACAUGUUUGCCCAUGGAUAUAUUGUUUAUCUGGUGUGUGUAUGGCUGGCUAGAAACGGAUAUACGAGACUAGACACGAGACAUGAGACACGAGACACGAGAUAUAAGUUAUGAGGCGAGCUGGAGACAAGGUAAGGUUGGGGGGACGGACGAGUUGCUAAUGAG